ACCGGGUGGAGCACUACCCCAGUAGCGAAGUUGGUGGGUGGUGCACAAGCCUUAUCCGAUUUUGAGAAUCGGACUUCGGUGGCGGUCUGACAUGUCGUCGUGCCAGUUGGCUUCCGCUUUUUGUGCCACCCUGGACCAUUCUCUGGUUGCCACGUCAGCAACCAAUAAUGGGCACGUGGGGCCCACAUCGACUUCCUCUCCUCCGGCGUGUGGUUUGGCAGCUGUCCCAAGUGUCGGGCAGAGCUCGACACUCAGGGAGCGAUCUUCAGGUCGCUCAGCCUGGCAAGGCCCUGUUUCCACGUCAGCAGUAGGUGCCUCGUCAGCAUUAGGUGCCUCGUCAGCAUUACUUUCUGGUGAUGAAGGCGGAGCGAAGCGGCUGCGGAGAUGGGGAGACCUACUAGGUAGCAGCGAGUUGUCCUUUGCAUCGACGAUGCGUCGCCCGAGACGGCAUCAAUCGACCGGGGUGAGGGUAUCGGUGUGCAGGAGUCGUCACGGUGAUGGCAAUCAUCACAGUGGUAAUGGUGGUGUCGACAAGCCUGUGCGGCGAAGCUUCGCCGAAAUUUCGGCGAAUAAACCUCUCUUGCUCCAGGCUGGCCAGUCGCGACGCCGGGGGCCGGCGUCGUUGACGACAACACGUGCUCUUACUGAGGACACGUUUUGGAUAUCGGCUCUUCAAGCGACGGUGGUGGCCGUCGGGACAGGAGCGAUGGCGGCGCUGUCUGCGUUCGCUUUGAGGGAGGGGUUGAAGAGGGAACUGCAGAGGGAGGCGAAGGAGGCGAGGUGGAUGCAGGAGUCAGGUAUGGAUACUCGGGCGUGGAGGAGAGCACAGAGGAGGAGGGAAUUGGGGCCAGCGGAGGAGGAUGAAAGAUGGGAGGAGAAUGGGGAUGACGUGGGUGGUUAUGCGGAUGAGUACGACGAGGAGGAGGAGGAGGAGGAGGAGGAUGACCUGCCAGCGGGGAGAAGACGGCGGAAUCGGCCGGUUCAAAGAGAGUGAGGAGGAGGAAUAAGUGUGUCCAAAGGGGCCGAGAAAGGAAUAACAACGCUUUCUUGUUUUUUUUUUUUUUUUUUUUUCAAGAAAAGAGAGAUCGUUUUAUUGCCAAAAAGGAAAUGAGGAUGCUUGGACAAUUACCCAGCUUUGGUGCAGGCAGGCGUUGGGACGGAUUAUCUAGGGCCAGAAAUGGCCACAUCCAGACCGCUGCCCUGUUGAUCACAGCGCUUCCUUUUUUUUUUUUUUUCAAUCACAACGUUUUCUGUUCAGCUUAAUACCUGAAUAGUAAUGAGCAAGGUGAAAAAAAGGCAAAAACAAAGCGUAAGAAAUCAG